GGGCGCCCCCUCGCGGCGGACUUCGGGUGAGCUUCAGUUCCCGGCUGCCCUUGCGGCAGGUUCCGGGCGUAAGAUAGUUCGUGAUGGCUGGGGCUGGUUCCGCAGCUGUGUCCGGUGCAGGAACCCCAGUGGCGGGGCCUGCAGGCCGCGACCUCUUCGCCGAGGGGCUCCUCGAGUUUCUGCAACCUGCAGUGCAGCAGCUCGACUCUCACGUCCAUGCAGUCAGAGAGAGUCAGGUAGAACUCCGGGAACAAAUUGACAACCUAGCUACAGAACUGUGCCGCAUCAAUGAGGACCAGAAGGUGGCUCUAGAUCUUGACCCCUACGUGAAGAAGCUACUUAAUGCCCGACGACGAGUUGUCUUGGUCAACAACAUUCUACAGAACGCCCAGGAGAGGCUGAGGCGGCUAAACCACAGUGUUGCCAAGGAAACAGCCCGGAGGAGAGCAAUGCUGGAUUCGGGAGUUUACCCUCCUGGUUCCCCAAGCAAGUAA